AUGAAUCCCUUCUUGCCCAAUACGAUAAUCAAAGGAAGUCGAAUCUAAACAAUGCUAGAGUGUUUACUCUUAUCAAUAAGAUUGCCAAUCUUUUUGGGAUUGACUCUACAAAUUAUAAUCUUUAAUGAUUUACUCUUUAGAAAAUUACAAAACUUAGAGCUUCGUCAAGGUGUUCAUAAAUUUAUUAGAAUUAUAAUAUUGCUACACAACUUCUUUAUCGGAAGAGCAUUAUUGUUGUCGAUGGGAUACUAUAACAUAAAGUCAAUGUUCUCAAAUGCUGCUUAAAAUCAAAAGCCCAAAAAUUUACAAUCGUUUAGCUUAUUAUGCUCAAGAACAUCCCCCAUAGAUGUUUUUACUCUUAUCACCUAGUAUAAUUUAUUGUUAUUAUCAAGCUUUUCUCCUUCCUUUACUCAUGUUUCCUUAUACAAGAGAAAGGUGCGAUACCAAUUAAUAAGUUACUAUUAGGCAAUCGUAGAUUCAUUCUAGAUUGAAUAGUGUGGUUUUAAGAUGUUUAAAACAGGAAAAGACAUAAGAGAAUUAAUGGAAUUGAUAGAAAAAUAAAGAUGUGGACCCUUGAUAGUGUUUUGGGAAGGAGGAGUAUCGAAUGGUUAGCAUUUCUUAAAAAUCGACGAAUUAAUGAUACAAGAAGCAGGGAAGAUAAAUUCUUAUUCAAAAUAAAAAUAACAUGUAGCAAAGUAUAAUAAUUCAAAUCCAACUGGAUUUGUGAGCAUUUUAACUAAUAGUAGAAUGUUACUGGUUGGGAAUUCGUGGAUGAGGAUGUUGUAUAAUCUAUUGGUUAACUGGAGUUGUGGUUUACAGAUACAUUUCAUGAAAUUGCCAUCUUAUGCUAUUUCUGAUUGUCGACUUAGUGAGAUAUACAAUCAAUUUGUUCAUCAAAUGUUGAAGAGAAAAUUAGUAUUAAUUUUAUAAUAUAAUAGAGUAAAAAAAAUUGGAUGGAUUAUAGAACCAAAUUUAUUAGGGAUAUAGUUUGAUUAGU